AUGGUAGAACUUGAUGAUUCAGCUAUUAACAAAAACUUGUCUUUCAAUAAGUCUCGACAACAAUCUAUAAAAGCAAACAAAUUAUCUGCUUCAUUAAUAGGGGACUCUAUAAUACAAAAAACGUUAGAAUUACCAAUAUCUAUAUCAAUCAAAUCUGACGCGAUGAUUACUGAUUUCUCUUCAACAUCAUCAACAUUAUCUCAACUUCCUGAAAUAACAGAUGUAGGAGAUAUCAAGCGUAAGAAGUCAGAGGCGUUUGGCUCCAAUGACGAAAGCUAUCAACAAUUAUUUCAAGUAAAUAAGAAUCCGUCAGAUACAGAAAUUGAACAAGCUUUUAGAUUACAAGUUAAAAAUGAUUAUCCUCAUAAGAUACAAGAGCUUAUCGAUUCAGAUGAAUGGGCUGAUAUGUAG